GGUAUUCCAAGACCAGUCCUAUGACCUCCUCCUGCCCACCUCGGCCCAGCUAGACAUCGGUGCGUGUCUGGGGAAGGGAACCUUUGGGGAGGUCCACGAGGGACGCCUGUUUUACACGGGGUUUUCAGAGCUACCUGGAACAAGCGUGCAGCGCCUACCUGACCGUGCGCCAGGAAAUGUCCAUCUUGUCGCGCCUGCAGCACCCGCACAUCGUGCCACUCGUGGCCUUGAACCUGCAGCCCCUCAGUCUGCUGCUCAUGCUGGCGCCGUGCGGCGGGCUCGACGCGAAACUGCGACAACUGGAGGGUCAGGGAGAUCACCUGCCACUGUUUGUGGUGCGCCAGAUCACUAUACAGGUGGCAAAAGCCAUGAGUUACCUCCACUGCCACAACAUCAUCUACCGAGACCUCAAGUCGGACAACGUGCUGGUGUGGGAGUUACCGGGGUCAG